AUAUUAAUUCUGAAAAACUUUAUUGGUUUGACAAAGUCAAACCACUUGCUUCACAUAUUCGGAAUAUUAGCAAACAAAUUUAUGUAUCAGGCUCACGUGUUGCAAUUGAUGAAAUGAUGAUUAGAUUUUCUGGACAUAGUAAACAUGCAUUUAGAAUGAAAAAUAAACCUGUUUCAGAAGGUUAUAAGAUUAUUUCAUUGUGUGAAAAAGGUUAUACUUAUACAUUUAUGUUUGAAUCACGUGUUGAAUUAAAUAAAGAAGUUCCAAAUAUCUUAGGUCUUAGCAAAACUGGAUCACUUGUAUCAUAUCUUGUUACACAAUUAUCUAAUAGUCGAACAUAUGAUAUAUAUAUGGACAACUAUUUUGCAAGUAUACCUCUCUUUAAUUAUUUGCAAUCAAAGGAUACUUUGGCUGAAGUUGUUGUGAAUAAUGUUUUAGUAAUUUUUUGGAUGAACAAUGGUUUUGUUCAUAUGCUUUCAACUAUUCAUGGCAUUAAAGGUAAUAAGUGGAAAGUUUUAAGUGUACAAAGACGACCUCGAGAAACUAGUUCAAAUGCAGCCAAUGUGCAAAAAGUUUUUGGUGAUAAAGUAUAUAAAGAAAUUGUAAUUCCAAAGGCUAUUAAUAAUUAUAACUAUUUUAUGAAUGGAGCAGAUAUUGCUGACCAAUAUCGAUCUUAUUAUAAUUGUCAGCUUGCUGCUUCAUGUACCUGGAUGCUAUUACUAUUUUGGUUAAUAGAUACUGCGAUA